AUGUCAUCUACCAACCGCACUGUCAGCUGGCCCGCGAGCCUCAGAGGAGAAGUGAUCACGUUGGUAGACUUAUUCUUCCAACUGCUUGAUACCAAAUCGCCGCAAGCUGGCUCUCAGCUAGUUCAAAAUGUGUUCACCGAGGAUGGAAAGUUUUAUUCAUCGUCGGGGUAUUUUCAAGGGCAAGACAUCGCCUUGUCACGAGACGGCAUCUGGGAAGCGUUUGAGAUUCGAAGUCACGAGCUUCGCAAGAUCUAUUUGAAUGAUGCCGGCGGACAGGACUUGGAUCUACUGAUCGUGGGAGGGGCGGUCAUUAAGCCACAUGGUGGAAAGGCGACGGCGCUGGAAUUCAUUGGUCGCGCCAUCGUCCGAGAUACAGUCAAAGGUCCCCGGAUCCGUUAUUAUCAGCCGAUCGUGCCAGGUUCGGCCGAGCAACCGAUUCUCGCGGAUGUUUGA